CAUCGCAGUCACGUGACCAGAACUGACUUGCCCUUUUAAUCCCUGUGCAUGGAGGCGAUCCUGCUCCUUCAGCAACCCAACUUCUUAUAGUAUUUACUCCCAGGCAUUGUCGCAGUGACUUUUGCAGACUCGCGGACUAUGGCUCUGAGGCUGUGCAGCUCCCUCCAGAUGAGGUUAUCCGGAAAAGGAGCUCUGUUUGCUGGCAGGAGCUGUGGAGCGGUGACCGGGUUCUUCUCACAGACAGCUGCUGCCAGUCAAUUAGCCAGCCAUACGGGGCAUUCAUUAUUCACCCCAGAGCACCAGGCAAUAAGGGAGUCCGUGAGAAAGAUUAUAGACACUGAAAUUAACCCUUAUGUGGAGCAAUGGGAAGAAGCUGAACAGUUUCCAGCACACCAUGUCUUCAAGAUACUUGGCCAGGCUGGGAUUUUAGGCGUGAGUAAACCGACAGAAUAUGGUGGAAUGGGUUUGGAUUUCUCCUAUAGUAUUGCAGUGGCUGAGGAACUUGGACACAUACGUUGUGGGGGAAUACCUAUGGCUAUCGGAGUCCAGUCUGAUAUGGCUACACCAGCUCUUGCAAGGUUUGGCAGUGAUGAACUAAAACGUCAGUUCCUAGCACCGACUAUAGCAGGCAAUCUUGUUGCAUGUCUUGGAGUUAGUGAAGCAGGAGCCGGAUCUGACGUGGCAAGUAUCAAGACCAAUGCUGUUAAAAAGGGUGAUGAUUAUGUCAUUAAUGGUAGUAAGAUGUGGAUCACGAACGGUUGCCAAGCCGAUUGGAUGUGUUUGCUUGCCAAUACAAAUACUGGGCCUUCUCAUAAAAAUAAAUCGCUAAUCUGCCUACCCAUGAAAACACCUGGUGUCCAAAUUACCAAGAAAAUCAAAAAGAUUGGAAUGAAGUCAUCCGACACAGCUCAGAUAUUCUUUGAAGAUGUCAGAGUUCCAAGUAAAUAUUUGAUUGGGGAGGAAGGAAUGGGUUUCAUGUAUCAGAUGUUGCAAUUCCAGGAGGAACGCAUGUGGGGAGUAGCCAAUGUUCUUACUCCAAUGGAAAACGUCAUAGAAGAAACCAUCAAAUACACAAGAGACAGAAAGAUCUUCAAUCAACCAGUAUUAAACAAUCAAGUUGUUCAUUUUCGCUUAGCAGAACUGGCAACAGAGGUCGAGUUACUUCGGUCAUUGCUGCACCGUACAGUUGGGAUGUACAUUGAAGGAAAUGAUGUAACCAAAUUUGCCUCAAUGGCCAAAUUAAAAGCUGGUCGGCUAGUGCGGGAAGUAAGUGAUAGCUGUCUCCAGUUCUGGGGAGGAAUGGGUUUCACAGAUGAAGUCCUUGUAAGCAGAUUUUAUAGAGACUCAAGACUUUUGUCCAUAGGAGCUGGAGCAGAUGAAGUCAUGCUCUCAAUCAUAUGCAAAUUUAUGGGAACGCUUCCAAGCAAAAAAUAAAUCCUUGUAAUAUUGUUAAAAUCCUAACAGAAAAGUUACAAGAUCAACUUUAUGCAAUUACCAAAAUGCUAUAACAAAAAAUCCAAUACAAAUGUAAUUUAAGUACUCUAUAAUUUUCAGUAUGUCAACAAAAUAUUGUUCUUCUCUAUUUCUUGUGGUUUGAUAUUGAUAUUAAUAUUGUUUUGGAAUAAAAUGGAUUUGAAUAAACAAUUACUUAUCAAUUGUAA